AUGCCUUCCGCGACCGGUCAAAACUGGGAGAAGUACCAGAAGAAGUUUGCCGAUGACGAGAUAGAAGAGAAAAAGAUUACUCCCCUGACAGAUGAGGAUAUCCAAGUUCUGAAGACCUAUGGCGCUGCGCCGUACGGUGCAGCGCUCAAGAAGCUCGAGAAACAGAUCAAGGACAAACAACAAAGUGUAGAUGAGAAGAUUGGGGUCAAAGAGUCCGACACUGGUCUUGCCCCUCCGCAUUUAUGGGAUGUUGCCGCUGACCGUCAGCGAAUGUCCGAGGAGCAGCCGUUCCAGGUUGCACGAUGUACCAAGAUUAUCGAAGACGAGAAAGGCGACGAGUCAAAGAAGAAGUACGUUAUUAACGUCAAGCAAAUCGCCAAGUUUGUCGUCCAGCUGGGAGACCGUGUGAGCCCGACAGAUAUCGAGGAGGGUAUGCGCGUUGGUGUUGAUCGUAACAAGUAUCAGAUCAUGCUGCCACUACCACCAAAGAUAGAUGCAAGCGUCACCAUGAUGACGGUCGAAGAGAAGCCCGAUGUCACAUAUGGCGAUGUUGGCGGUUGCAAAGAACAGGUUGAGAAGCUGCGAGAAGUUGUUGAAAUGCCUCUGUUGUCUCCAGAGCGAUUUGUCAACCUGGGCAUUGAUCCUCCCAAGGGGGCCCUCCUCUACGGCCCCCCCGGUACUGGUAAAACGCUCUGUGCCCGUGCCGUCGCCAACAGAACAGAUGCCACAUUCAUCCGAGUCAUCGGUAGCGAACUGGUCCAAAAAUACGUCGGUGAAGGUGCACGAAUGGUCCGCGAGCUAUUCGAGAUGGCAAGAACGAAAAAGGCCUGCAUUAUUUUUUUUGAUGAAAUCGACGCUGUCGGUGGUGCCCGGUUCGACGACGGCGCCGGCGGUGACAACGAGGUACAGAGAACCAUGUUGGAACUUAUCACUCAGUUGGAUGGUUUCGACGCUCGUGGAAACAUCAAGGUCAUGUUCGCCACCAACAGACCGUCUACUCUGGACCCCGCUCUGAUGAGACCUGGCCGUAUCGACCGAAAGAUUGAGUUCUCACUUCCGGAUCUUGAAGGCCGAGCCAACAUUCUCCGAAUCCACGCCAAGAGUAUGUCCGUGGAGAGAGAUAUCCGAUGGGAGCUCAUUUCUCGGCUCUGUCCCAAUGCUACUGGUGCAGAAUUGAGGAGUGUGUGCACCGAGGCGGGUAUGUUUGCUAUCCGAGCAAGGAGAAAAGUCGCUUCAGAGAAGGACUUCUUGAGUGCUGUUGACAAGGUCAUCAAGGGCAACCUCAAGUUCAACUCGACCGCUACCUACAUGCAAUACAACUAG